UGAUUAGGGAUUUCCAGUCAGUGACCUCACCUCUGAGUGGGACAGUCAACACGUUUGCUCUGACAUUCUAUGCAGUGCACUGACAGCUGAAGUUGCUUUCAAGAAGCCAUCUCCAAGGUGGUGCAACAGUAUCUAAUACCUUAACUUCUCUUAGCACGGGAAACAAAUCAUCUUGAAUUUCUUUUCAAGAAUGCCAACUUUUUUUGGAGUUACCUCAGCAGUGGUUUUCAUCUGGCUUAUGACAUUCAUGGCUCAAAAUUACUUUAUAACAGGUUCCAUUCUUUCACCUUGCAGGAUCACAGGUGUAGGAAUUUAUCUAGAGGAGAAAGUGAAUUUCUCAGAAGCAAGUGAUGCAUGUAAUCAACUGAAUCUACAGUUGGCAACUAAAGACCAAGUUGAAAAGGCUUUGAACCAUGGCUUUGAAACAUGCAGCUUUGGAUGGGUGAAAGAUGGAUUGGUUGUCAUUCCUCGGAUAACAUCCAACAAAAAAUGUGGCAAAGGCAACGUUGGACUAGUGCUAUGGUAUGCUGAACAUUUUAAAACAUUUAAGGUUUACUGCUUCAAUUCCUCAGAUGUUCAGAUUAACUCAUGUAAACCGGAUCCGACUACAGCCAUACUACCUUCAUCAAGUGCACCAACAGACUUCACUGUGUAUUCAGGCCCUGAUGUGACUGAGAACAGCACGACAGCACCCAAUGUGACCGAGUCGGAACAAUCCCUGAAAAAUAUAAAAUAUCGCGUAAUAUGUAUAACUGAAACUAUACCACCAACAGAGGGGACCACUACAAAAAUGCCGGAGGAAUACUCGCCCGGCUACACUUCCCGUGCGGCCUUUAAGAAUGAUGCUGUUGUGUUUGGAGGUAUCCCUACUGCACUUCUUGUACUGGCAGUCGUCUUCUUCAUUAUUUCAGUUGUUCUAGCGGUCUGCUAUAUAAAAAAGUACAAGAAAACCUUCCCAUUUUCAAACAAGGAUCAGCAAAAAGAAAUGGUUGAAACUACUGCUCUCAAAGAGGCCCAGUCAAAUGACAAAACACCUGAUAAGGAAACAAAGAAUAAUGGAAAAAAGGCAGAAGAGUCUAAAACCACACCUGAGGCCACAGUAAAAUGUUUAGAAGCAGAAGUUUAAGGGGAAGAAUGUACACUUCUUGACAGAAACAUGAAACAAAGCACACAGAACUUAGCAAUGCUUUUAAACAUGGGUGAUUGUAAAUACUCAUUAAUGUUUUUCUCUGUCUGAACAUAUGAAAACUUUUCUUUAAUAGUUACAUCUUUAGCUAUAAAUACUCUUGCAGAAGAAUACAGUAUCUAUUUUGUUUUCAAACAAACAAAAAAUCCGUAUUACAGAUCAUUUUUCAUCUUUAAUAAAGAAGUAAUUAGGAAUAUGCUAUUAAAGAUGUGCAGUGUGUUAAUUCUUUGCAAGGAAUGUAGAUCAAUAUAUAGCAAAAACAAGUUUUUAAUCUGGCUGGAGGAUGUCUGCUAACUUAAUGUCUAAAAUAAAAUGAUGAUACUGUAGCUCUUCCUCAUGUACAUUAGCUUAUGUCCAUUAGGUAGUUGCAUAUUGUUUUUAAAAAAUCUGAUUACAAACAGAAGAAAUAAGUCUGUUUACAAGUGAGUGAAAAAUCAACGGAACAACCCACUGUUGUUCAAAUACCCAAAGAAGGGUACAAAUAUUCUGAUGCUUCUAUAUAUAAAGACAGCAAUUAAUAACUGUCUUAGAUAUUUUCAUCAUAUCAUAAUUUACUGUUUUAUUUAUUAAAAUCUGUAUCAUUCUUCUGCACCAGAUAUUUGACAAAGGAAAAAAGCUCUAACUGUAUCACAACAGUUAUAUUUAAGAUCUUUUGUGUAUAUUUAAGUGUGGCUUUCAUAAUAAGGAUCUCAAGUGGUAUGGGAUGUUUACAGAACUUCAUAAAAAAUAAAGUAUGGUAGAUCUGUUUGUCUGGACAAUUUAUUCUCAUGAAAACUGUCACAGUAAAAAGAGCUUAUAUAACUCUAAUGUUACAGAAGUAAUUAGUUGUUAUAAAAGAACAACACUAGCAAUUUAACAAAUAUUUUCUUUUAUAAAUUGUUUGGAUAACAAAUUUUUAUAUGUGAAGGAGUUUAUUACAGCAAAGGAAGUUUCUUUUUUGAUCAAGUAGCUUGAAAAUCAUAGUUUUAAAUAAAAUAGUAGUAGAAUUGCUCAUCCAUUUGUGUUUUCUACAGUGUAGGACACUGGGUUGUGAACUUUCAUAUUUUUAAUGCACAGAAGUUUAAAAAUUGCCCAGGGGUUAUAAGUUCCACUAGAUAAUGAGUUACAGUCUAUUGCUAAUAGCAAACUUAGAUUCCCUGUGUUGUGUUUUGUUUUCUCUUCAUUCUCAGAAAUACUUCAUGGCUCCAAAAUCUGGACUGUGUUGAUAUGCAGCACACCGCUGCCAUUAGAGCUAUACUGCUGCCGAAAGACUGUGAUUCAGUACAGCUCUAAAACCCGCUAAUUUCAGCUGUCCAUCAACAGAAUUUCAGCAGAAAAAGUGCAAUGCAGGAAAGUACUAAAUACAGCCUUCCCACUCACUUAGAUAACUACUCUCCUUGCAAAACAACACAGUAAUGCCAUGUAUCUCUCUCCUGGCAACCCGAAUGAAAGAACUCUAUGCUGUGUGACCAGUGAGAAUAGACAGCAGAAAUAAGGCCACAGCCAACAUUUGUCAUGAUGGUGUCAGAAUAGCGAACAAGCUUAAGGACACAUGCAACACUAGUGGAUUCUAGGUACUUUUGGACUUCUGUGACAUAUUACAAUUGCCCUUCCGCCUCUCUUUCCAUGUUUUAA